AUGUCAGGAAUAUUGUUUGAGGAUAUGUUUGUAGUAGAUUCUACAGAUCCAGGAAGAUAUAAUAAAGUCUGUAGAAUAACGGGUCAUUCAUCAACCUCAAAAGAUAUAAAUAUAACAUUAGAUAUAAAUAGUGAAUUGUUUCCAGUAAAGGAAAAUGAUUCAUUAACAAUAACUUUAGCAUCAUCACUAGGUAAUGAUAGUUCAAUGAUUACUUCAAAUGGUUCAUGGAGACCUCCAAAAUCUGAUGAUAGAUCAUUAGCUGAUGAUUAUGAUUAUGUAAUGUAUGGUACAAUAUAUAAAUUUGAAGAAAAUAAUGAUAAUGAUAAAAUGUCUGUAUAUAUAUCAUUUGGUGGUUUAUUAAUGAGAUUAGAAGGUGGUUAUCGUUCUUUAAGUAAUUUAAAACAAGAAAAUGCUUAUAUAUUAAUACGUCAUUAUAAUGAUAAUUAA